UCGAGAAAGCAACAUGGGUCACCAGCAGCUCUACUGGAGCCACCGGAGGAAAUUCGGACAGGGUUCUCGCUCUUGCCGCGUCUGCUCCAACCGGCACCGCCUGAUCCGGAAGUACGGCCUGAAUAUGUGCCGCCAGUGUUUCCGCCAGUACGCGAAGGACAUCGGCUUCAUCAAGUUGGACUAAGUGUGAACUUCCUUGAAUGUGUCAUCCAGCAUAUCUACCGUCUUCAGAAAGAAUGCUCAC